AUGGCUGACUCCGACAACCCUGACAGCUCUGAUAUCGCUGAUUCUCAGCACGAAUUUGACACCAUCAAGCAUCAUGUCAACUUCGAGCCUCCGCCCUCGAAGCCCGGACAAGAAUGGCGAAGCUAUCCGGAGCUACCCAGCGGUCGAGAUCUCAACCCCGACUGGGACGAUCCUCAGCAGAUAGAAGAAAUUCGCCGUCUUUUGCCCAACACUUGGCAAAAGCCCUGGAAGGACAAGGAUACCUAUCUCGAGACUCACUACCGCCUCCAGAGAGAGGAGGGUAUUACGAUGCUGCGAUAUUCUAUCAAGAAGUUCAAGGAUAACCCUAACAUGAUGGAUGAUCCGGAGACCUGCAUCUAUACCAAAGUUUUUGUGAAAGGUUAUCUGAUGACCCGUCUUGGUCCCAUGUGUCAGGUCCAAUUUUCUACGGAGAGGUCCGGCAAGAAGAUCCGUUGGACUCAGACGCGUCGUCUUACCGUGGGAACUCUCGUCGCCGUCUCUACUGCUAGCGACGGCUUCAAGACUAUCUGCAUGCCCGCCGUUAUCUCUGACCAUCGUAUUCGCGAUGGUCUCGACCAAAACCCACCGACGAUCCAUUUUCAAUGGACCAACCUUGACGAUGCCGUCAUGGAUCCUAACCAGGAACUUGUCAUGAUCGAGACUCGAUUUGGCUAUUUUGAAGCCGUCCGCCACAGCAUGGUCGGCCUCCAACACGUCGCAGUCACAGAGACGCCACUCGACAAGUAUUUAGUUGGAGCAGACAAGAGCGAUCUUCCCGCGAAGUACGUUCAGGAGAACCCCCAAAUGGAUAUCAGGUCUUUGGUACACCACAUUCCCGAUUCGUCCUCGAUGCCAGCAAGCGAGGUGAACAAGAAGAUGGCUGAGGUCAGCGAGCCCCUUCGAAGCUACCCCGUGAUAGACGGUUUCGACAGCCAGCUAUCUAAGUAUACCAACCUGGAUAAUUCCCAGCUCAGUGCCGUGCACCGCAUUCUUACCAAAGAAUUGGCUAUUGUGCAGGGACCCCCGGGAACGGGCAAGACAUUCACAUCGGUGCAAGCUCUGCAGAUUCUCCUGGAGAGCCAGGAUCGGGGUAGCCACGUUAUCAUUGUCGCGGCUCAGACGAACCACGCCGUUGACCAAAUCCUGAUGCAGCUGAUCAAUGUUGGCUUUAAGGUGGUCCGACUUGGCGGUCGUACUCAGAAUGAACUUAUCAAACAGUACAGCAUGUACAAUCUCCGUCGUCGCGCAGCGCCUUCGCGCACUCAUCGUGCAGACCGCGACUUCAAGACCUUCGAGUCUGCGCGCAAGAAGAAUAUUGCGGUACUAGAGAAGAUCAUUGAAGACGUAUUUCCUAACGAACUCAUUAACCCCGAGGUUCUUCGAUCCGCGGGUAUCAUAACGGAAAGCCAGCUCCAGUCUCUCGAGACAGAGCUGGCUUGGACUAGUGCGCCUUCGUUGCCAGACCAACCCGUUGGGCCGCUUGCGGACUGGCUGGGAGGUCAGCUAGUGAAAGUGAAGAUGCCGGAUGAAAAGGAACCGGAUUUUGAGGGCGUCGAAGAUAUUGAUAGCUUGGAUCUGGACGCAGAGGACUAUGAUCUAGAACUUGACGAUUGCAUCGUCGACGAAGAUGAAAACUGCGGUCGAAUCGACGGCAAGUUUUUGCCAAUCAGACAUUUGUGGACCGGCGCGAACCCCCAGGCACUUGCUGGGGACGAUCUCGUCAUUCGUCGAGAGCUUCAGAAACAGGAUCUCUGGGACAUCGAUGAGAAAUAUCGCGGCGCCGUGUACCAGCACUGGCAGAAGAAACUGUUGACAUUGCACCGCCAACAUUUCCGCCACGUCCUCGUCGACAAUGCCAGGAUCUCGAAGAACCUAAAGAUUAACCGCUGGUAUAAGGACACUAAGUGCAUCAAGUCGCAGCAGAUUGAGAUUAUCGGGUGUACCACUACUGGAUUGUGCAAGUAUCGUGGCUUGCUCGCAGCGCUGCGGCCGCGAACCAUGUUGAUCGAAGAGGCCGCUGAGACUCGCGAGGCAAACAUUCUUUCGGCUCUCUAUGGUUCACUCCAACAGCUCAUUCUUGUUGGCGAUCAUCAGCAGUUAGCUCCGCACUGCGACACGCCCAGCCUAGGAGACGAACCGUACUUUAUGCGGGUGUCCAUGUUUGAGCGUCUCGUCAGUCUCCAUAUGCCAUUCACCGUGCUGAACAUGCAACGAAGAAUGAUAUCUUCCCUGCGAGAGGUCCUUAAUCCUUUCUACCCGUCCCUACAGGAUCAUCCCGUCGUGACCAAAGGCGAGGUUCGACCUCCCAUCCCUGGCAUGGCGCUUCCGUCCUUCUUCUUUCAUCAUACAUGGACUGAAGGCUUAGAUGAGAAUUUGAGCAGAUACAACAUUCUUGAAGCGGAAAUGAUAGUUCGCUUCAUAGAUUACCUGCUGAUGAACGGCGUCCCGCCGGCCCAGAUCACAGUUUUGACGUUCUACCGGGGCCAAAAGAAGAAAAUACUCACACAGUUCAAGACUAAGAUGAAGCAUUGGGCUCCAUUCACCAAUGUUUUCACAGUGGAUUCCUACCAAGGAGAAGAAAACGAUAUUGUCAUUCUGUCGUUAGUGCGAAGCAAUGGUCCUCACGGGCCACACCAAGCCGGCUUUCUCCAAGACGAGAAUCGUGGCGUCGUCUCCAUCAGCCGUGCUCGCCGAGGUUUUUAUAUCUUCGGAAACAUGAUCAAUCUGGCAUUUGCCAGUAGUGCCUCGUGGAACAUGUGGGGAAAAGUGCAGCAGGUCUUCGAGAGACAGGGUCGUUUUGGAGGCAAUAGCCGUCUACCGAUCACGUGUCAGAAUCAUGGCAAGACAACCUGGAUAGCGCACCCCGAAGACUGGGUGAACUGCCAUGGUGGCUGCGAUCAGAAGUGCCCCGAUAAGCUCAGCUGUGGUCAUGCGUGCGGGCGUCAAUGUCAUUGGGUAACUCAUGACAAGCUUAUCUGUCGCGAGCCAUGUGAGCGGGCUCUCCCGUGUGGCCAUCGGUGUCAACAGGUCUGCGGCGAGAGCUGUCUAUGUAGUUGCGCCGACUUCACAGGUGCGUAUGCCCAUGACGAAUUCCUGAACGAUGAUGCGAUGCUUCGGGGAGAGGAAUUAGAUGUAGAGUACGAUAAAUCUCGAGUGGCGCCAUUCAUAACCCAUGAUCAACGUCGUAUGGGCGCCGCAGCAGGCAGCAGGGCUAAUCGGAAAGGACUCGGCCGGGGGAUCCGAGGUUCUAGACCUGGACUCGGAUAUAACGGUGGAGAUCCCCGUGUUUCCAACCAGAGUCACGGUGGAACCAACUUUGCACGUCCUAGCGAUGGCCACAAUGCAAGCUGGACAACUUUCGAUGCACGCUUGGACGACGAGCAGAGGCUGAACGCCAGAAAACAGGGAGACCAUAGAGAUGUUUCUAAACCGGCGUCAAGAGGAGCUGGACCGGCAAUUCAGGAAACUUUCCGUCCUGUUACUCUAAACGAUCACGGUUUGCGUAGCGUUGGGCAAGGUGUCACUGCUAAACCUAAGACUUCAGUUGAGGAGGGCAAUGAUCUUCUCGAUUUUGAUGACGACGUUCAGACACUCGCUCUAACGACGCGCUCGCUUAGCUUGGGUUAUGAUCCCAGGGAUGCGGAUGUCUUUGCAGACACAACCAAUGAGGCUAGAGAUCGAAGCACCACCCACAUCGCAACUGAACGUGGUCGACAUGCACAUGGCAACUCAGGGAGCUUGGAGUCAAACGAUAUUGACCGUACUACUUCAUUCUCGCAGGUCGGAUCGACAGGGUUUACUUCUCCUCAGCACUCUCGAGCACGCCGUCAAUUCUCUGUAUCCGGACCUUCUCCAGCAGGACGCGAAGCUGACAAGCCGGAGUGGGAAUUGGCUAGUCUUGCUGAUACGAGCUCCGUCGUGGAUGAGGACGACGAACGCGGCUUGGAGCGCGGUGGUGGCGAGGAACAGGAUGACUUGAUCUUAUUCUAG